GAAAUAUGACGUCGGGAUUGGCUCAGGUGGACUUCGGUCACAAAGACAGCUAAAGGUAGUUGGUCGGGGUAGACGUCAAUUAACUCUCUAUUGUCCGUGGAUUGGUGCAACAGCGCGGGCGGAUUCCUCCAUGGGUUCGGUCUGCAAGGCUCGCGGAGAGCGAAUGUCGUCAUGAGCGAACAACAGGACAGUAUGGCUACCACUGUCGCUGUCAGUCCCAGCGAAUACCUUCAGCCCUCCUCUGCUUCAACACAACUUGAUGAUCACACAUUUGGACCAAAGAGGGGCACAAAGGCAUCGCAGGACACUCAGCCCUCUCCUUUGGCUCUGCUGGCUGCCACCUGCAGUAAAAUCGGCCCUCCUGCUGCUCAGGCUCCUGUCACCUCUCCGCCAGCGCAGCCACAACCUCGCCGGCUCCUUCCUAUAAAGCCAGCUCCAAUAGCGCCAGCUCCACCGAAAAACCUUGGUUUCCUUUCAACAAAGGGCAAUGUGAUCCAGCUACCUGCUGGCCUGGGCUCCACAGCUCCUGGCAGCCCCAUCGUCCUUACUAUCCAGCAGAGUCCUGCUUGUACCGGCACCUCGGCCACUCCUGGCAUCCAGUAUCAGGUGGUGCCGCAGAUCCAGGGUGCACAAACCAUUCAAGUGAUGCCACAGGGAGGUCAGAUCCAGCUCAUACCCGGUACCAACCAGGCCAUCAUUACCACUCCCAUGACCAUGCCGGCUCCGGCUGCAGCCACUGCUCCUGUCACGCCACAGAAGACCGUAGCCAUCAAGCCCUCCCUCAAGGUGCGGAAGCCAAACAAUACAGCUACAAACGUUGUGCAGCUGCCCAGUGGACUUACAAUUCCCCUCAACGUGGCUACAGGGGAAGUGGGUGGGACACAAAUCAUCACAGAGACAGCUGCAGCCCCUCCCACUCCUGGAAAGGCACGACGAGGGAGGAAAAAAAAGGCAGUACUGGCUGCUGAGCCUCCACCGCCGCCUCCAGCACAGGCUGCCUCUCCAACCCCAGAGCAGAUGGAGACCAUCCUAAUAGAAGCUGGUGAUAACAUCAUACAGGCAGGGAACAAUUUACUGAUUGUGCAAAGUCCUGGGCAACCUGCUAUGGUGCAACAGGUCCAGCUGGUCCAGCCCAAACCAGAUUCUCAGAUGGUUCAGAUCCCACAACAGGCUUUGAAGGUGGUACAGGCUGCCUCUGCUACGUUGCCACCCGUCCCGCAGAGACAGUCUGUCUCCUCGAAUCUGCAGGUCACUCCAACAGAAACAUCACCAACACAGAUUCUCUUUAAAACAGCAUCAGGUGAAUGGCAAUCGGUUCAGCUUCAGGACUCCAUGACAACAACAACCCCUGCCACCACAGUUGCCCCUACCACCACUGUCGCACCACCAGCUGGCUCCAAGAGAACACAAGCUACCGGAGGACGAAAGGAGCGGACCUUGGCAAAAAUUGCCCCUGCAGGUGGAAUGAUACAAUUGAACACAUCGCAGCUCACCUCAGCAGCACAAGCAGUGCAGACCAUCAGCAUCAACGGGGUCCAAGUUCAGGGAGUUCCUGUUACCAUCACCAAUGCAGGCGGUGAGCUGAUGCUAGAUGCUUUGGGCCAGCAGCACCUAACGGUGCAGACCAUGCAGGGUGGAGGGCUCCAGCUGGCCGCAGCACAGGGCCAGCCUGCUAUUCAGGUAGACCAGACCCUCACCCUGGAGUUGCCUGGCCAGCCAGGAGAAAAGAAACGACGCAUGGCCUGCACUUGCCCCAACUGCAAAGAUGCAGACAAGAGACCCAGUGAGGUGGGAAAGAGGAAACACAUCUGCCACGUCCCUGGCUGUGAAAAGACUUUUAGGAAAACAUCUCUGCUCAGAGCUCAUGUCCGGCUGCACACUGGUGAAAGACCCUUCGUCUGCAACUGGGUUUUCUGUGGGAAACGUUUCACGCGCAGUGACGAGCUGCAGAGGCACGCCAGGACGCACACAGGAGACAAGCGCUUUGAGUGCAGCCAGUGUCAGAAACGCUUCAUGCGGAGCGACCACCUGACAAAGCAUUACAAGACUCACAUAAACACCAAGAACUUGUGAGCAGAUGGUAUACAGAUACAAAAACUCAGAAAGUAACUGUGUUACAGGAAGGAUGGGCAGUGGAGAUGAGACCAAGGGAUUGUGCUUGUGACUUAUCCCACAAUGGGAAACUCUCCAGAAUGAAAUGCUUGAUUCCCUGUCACUCUUCAAGGACACUGUGUAGCGUGGUGUACAAAGGAACCCUUCCUGGUGGACUUCAAACUUUCAGCAAAUUUAUUGACCAUUUUUUAAACAUUUCUUUUCCCCAUUUGGUCUGAACACGUGGACAGAUUACUGUGACUGAAUUUGUAAGGUAAAAAUGCUUUAGAUUUAAAUGCUUAACUCUGCUAGAUUAUUUAUGAACUCCUCUACUUCUCUGGUGGAAGAACAUAUACAGAUUUUUCUUAUUUUUUACUUGUAGAAAACCCAACAUCAUCAGUCUCUUUUAUGUUGUUUUUUCUUCUACCACAAAAACCUUCAUACUCUUUAUUACAGAAUAUUAAGAAAUUUCAGAAAUUGAGGGUGAGCCCCCCCCCCCCAGUAAUGUAAAAAUAAAUCACAAAAAAACAAACAGACCACAAUUAAGGAAGUGCUGGAGCUAUAACAGUAUAUCAUUUCUGUGAGCUCUGGUAGGUCCCUGGUUACCAGUAGUGAUCUAAAUACAGCAAUAUGAUGCGAUCUGCAAAGUUGGCUAAUGUUGGGAAUUGUGUUGGGAAAUCGAUUGUUUAAAUUUAAGGAAGGGUAAUUAAUUAGAAAAUAUAAUACUCCAAGAAUUAGUCCUUGUGGAACACCAAAGCAAAGAGGAUGGAGUUUUGUAAACCAUGAAACGGAUAAAGGAAAAGCAGAAUCUAACCUCUUUAAGCCACAAAGAGGAAGCUGUUGCUAAAGAUGUGGAGGAAACAUAUUAAGUAUCUUAAAAUUCAACAAUGAAAAUUUACACACUGCUCAUGGUGGCUCCAGGUGUUUCCUCUGUUGAGUUGAGACAGUUGGUGCUCUUUUAUCAUGAGUUGUGUGUAAUAGAUGAAAUGUUUGAGACUGUACCAUUGUUCUUUUCAAGUUUAUCAGGAAAAUGUCUGAUAGUUAUGUAUUUAUACUACCUAAAAUUCUCUACCUUUACACAGGCACUGCAAGAAGUUUCAAAUAUCAGGAAAAUUAAAUAAAAUUGUUAAAGGCUUGUGAGAUGGCCCAGAAAUGCAUAGAAAGACUUGUGCUGAUGAGCUAAGUUUUACUGAGUUUAGACGCUAAAGAUUUAAUUUGGUGAAAUAUUAGCAGUAAGAAGAGUUGAUAACUCAAAUGCAAAACAUGCUCUUGCAUCUGUGGUCCACACUUUGUUUCUACAUAGUUGGUUAUUUACCAUGUAUAACAAGACAUGUACACUUACUUCUAGGGCUGUGUAUCAGAUUGCCAUUUAUUUUUGUAUAGCUCCUGAAG